CGGCCGGAUGCUCGGCGCCGCCGCGGCCCGAAGCGCCUCCCGGCUGGAGCUGUCCCCCAGCACCCGGCCACCCGGCGGAGGCACGGACACUGCGAGGGCGGGCUGGCCAUGCAGGAGCCGCUGCUGGGAGCCGAGGGCCCGGACUAUGACACCUUCCCGGAGAAGUCGUCCCCGUCGCCGUCGCCCGGGGAGAGGACGCGAGUCGGGGCGCCACAGAACAGGAGGGUGUUCCUGGCUACCUUUGCCGCCGUGCUGGGCAAUUUCAGCUUUGGCUACGCCCUGGUCUACACGUCCCCCGUCAUCCCUGCUCUGGAGCUCUCCUUGGACCCGGACCUGAGGCUGACCCAGACCCAGGCCUCCUGGUUUGGGUCCGUAUUCACCUUGGGCGCAGCGGCGGGGGGCCUCAGUGCCAUGGUGCUCAAUGACCUCCUGGGCCGGAAGCUCAGCAUCAUGUUCUCGGCCGUGCCCUCGGCAGCUGGCUACGCGCUCAUGGCAGGCGCCCACGGCUUCUGGAUGCUGCUGCUCGGGAGGACGCUGACGGGCUUCGCCGGAGGGCUCACAGCCGCCUGCAUCCCGGUGUACGUGUCUGAGAUCGCCCCCCCGCGUGUCCGGGGGGCCCUGGGGGCCACGCCCCAGCUCAUGGCCGUGUUCGGGUCGCUGUCCCUCUACGCCCUUGGCCUCCUGCUGCCGUGGCGCUGGCUGGCUGUGGCCGGGGAAGGGCCUGUGCUCGUCAUGACCCUGCUGCUCAGCUUCAUGCCCAACUCCCCUCGCUUCCUGCUGUCCCGGGGCAGGGACUCGGAGGCGCUGCGGUCGCUGGCCUGGCUGCGCGGGGCCGACGCCGACAUCCGCUGGGAGUUCUCGCAGAUCCAGGACAACGUCCAGAGACAGAGCACCCGCGUAUCGUGGGCUGAGGCCCGGAGCCCCCACGUGUACCGGCCCAUUCUCAUCGCCUUGCUGAUGCGCUUCCUGCAGCAGCUGACGGGCAUCACGCCCAUCCUUGUCUACCUGCAGCCCAUCUUCGAGAGCACUGCCGUCCUGCUGCCCCCAAGGGACGAUGCGGCCAUUGUGGGAGCCGUGAGGCUCUUCUCCGUGCUGAUCGCCGCCCUCACCAUGGACCUGGCUGGCCGCAAGGUUCUGCUCUUCGUCUCCGCCACCAUCAUGUUUGCUGCCAACCUGACGCUGGGGCUGUAUGUCCACUUCGGCCCAAAGCCUCUGACUCCCAAUAGCACUGUGGGCCUCGAGAGUGUCCCCUUGGGGGGCACGGAGCAGCCCCUGGCCGCACCCACCAACUACCUCACCCUGGUGCCCCUGGUGGCCACCAUGCUCUUCAUCAUGGGUUACGCCAUGGGCUGGGGGCCCAUCACCUGGCUCCUCAUGUCGGAGAUCCUCCCCCUGCAAGCCCGCGGCGUGGCCUCAGGGCUCUGCGUGCUGGUCAGCUGGCUCACCGCCUUCGCCCUCACCAAGUCCUUCCUGCUGGUGGUGAAUGCCUUUGGCCUCCAGGUGCCUUUCUUCUUCUUUGCUGCCAUCUGCUUGGCCAACCUGCUGUUCACCGGCUGCUGUGUGCCUGAGACCAAGGGCCGGUCGCUGGAGCAGAUUGAGUCCUUCUUCCGCACUGGGAGGAGGUCCUUCCUGCACUAGGCCAGGGUCCCCACCUGGGAGGGGCCAAGCCCUGGACGCCGGGCCUCUGCGCUGGCCACAAGCCUGCACACCAAGCCGGGGGGCGGCAGCCAACGUGCCAUGAGACGGAGCCCAGGACCACCAGACAGAAGCAGGGCAGGCUCCCCAGAGUGCGCUUCUGGCUCUGGGCAGGCAGCACCCCCGUCCAGCCCGGGCCCCAGCUCAGCCGUGUCGCACGCUCGUCGGCCAAGACCCACCGGCAGAGAAGGCAGCCAUGGGCCACAGGGGAGUACACGGCCCAGGGUCCAUGACAAGGCCCUGCAAGGUGACCACGGGGCCCCGGCCCUGACUCCUGCACGGAGAACGUCCCCAUAGAAGGCUGGGGUGGGGACAGAGCCAGGCGGGGCAGGAGGCGGUGGCCGGCUCCACCUGGGACAUCGUCACGCCAUGCUGUCCUGAUUGCUGAGUCAGCGCCGAGCUUCCUAACCAUGGGGAGGAAGACAGAUCUGCACUUCUGGAAGCCGUGGACACCGUAGAGAACAAUCUGGACUCCCAGGCCAGGGCACAGAGCCCCGCCCAGAUGCUUCCUCCUAUACCUGCCCAACCUCUGGAAAUGGGGCUCCUAAGUGCCCCUGUCUGUGAACCAUGUUCACCCCGUUUGUAAAAAUAAAUCAGGCUCUCGCCCGGGAGCGGAAGAGAA